UGUGACGUCUUGUUUGCUGUCAAGGAAGCUGAAGUUUUGAACCGUUUGGAACCGCUAAGUAAAAUCUGAGCUACUGACAAAGUGAAAAUGAGCCAACAGGAGGACUCCUGGGAAAAACUAGACUCAGAAUUUGACCAUCAUCUAGUGGACAUGAAACCAUAUGUCCUGAAACUUCCUCACAAAUCAGAACGGCAGCGAUGUGCCUUGUGGAUAAGGAAGCUGUGUGACCCCGCCGUGUCUGGGUCCGGGCUCAUGGCCAGGAAGAAUCGGAACAUGUACGCGCGACUCCUCCUGCACAUGCUCAGAAGAGGGGUCUUGGAGGGCCCCUUUACGCACAAACCAGACGCGGGUCCCUUGAAGACUCUGCCGACAUAUAUGGCGAUCUACUUUGAUGAGCCGCUCUUCGGCGGCUCCGCGGACCAGAGUCCCGCCAUCCUGCCUGAGUGGGUGUCCACAGAGCUGGGGAACAGUGAGGAGACCUGGACCCCCACGUCCAGAGAGAGACCCACCCCCACCGCUUCUCCUCACUCACACAGGAGGAGGCACACGUACGGAGACAAGCUCCCGCCCCGCGCCCGCGCCCCCGCCGCGCUGACGCGGUCCGCCAACGAGGAGGAUCAAACGAGCGACAGACGUGGGGUGACGACGGCGUCUUCCGACGACAGCGACCUGGAGGCGCGCCUCAACAGCUGGAACCUCGGGAUCGAAAAUCCCAGAUAUUUGCGGGAGAAGCCCAUCCCCCUCUCUCCGAUUUGCCUCAAAACAAGCCGAGGGAAAAAUAGCACCUACUGUGACGAUCAGGCAGAUUUUCACACACAAGAGAAAGAGGGCGAUUUGAAGGCGAAGGUUCUGGAGGCUCGGUACCAGGAGGAGAGGCUGAAGACUCAGCAGAGACACGACGCCGAUGUCCAGAAGAUUCUGGACAGAAAGAACGGCGAGAUCGAGGAGCUGAAGGCCAUGUACCGGACCAAGCAGAAGAACUCGGAUGAGACCGUCCGCAAACUGGAGAAGAAAGUUCAGAGCCUGGUGCGGGAGUCGCAGGUCGUCCGCGAGAACAAAGACAAGCAGAUCGCGGAACUGAAGGCCAUGCUGGACAACAACGCCGACUCGGUGAAAAACGAGUGGGAAAAGAAGUUGCACACUGCCGUGACCGAGAUGGAGCAGGAGAAGUUUGAGCUGCAGAAGAAGCACACGGAGAACAUUCAGGAGCUUCUGGACGACACCAACCAGCGGCUGGCCAAGAUGGAGUCAGAGUACAGCGCUCAGACACAGGGCACAGAGCAGAUGGUGAAGGAGCUGGAGGCGCGGGUGAAGCAGCUCUCGCUGGAGGUGGAGAACGGGAACGUCCUGCGGCAGAAGGUCACCCAGGAGAAGGCGGAGCUGGAGAUCCAGAUCGCCUCCAUCAGCUCGGAGCUGCAGGAGUCCAACCGCAGGACCGUCACUCUGUUGGUGGAGAAGGAGGAACUUGUCAGCAAUCACGAGAAGACCGCUCAGAAGAUGGAGGCCAAACAGGAAGCAGACCUGAACUUCCUUCAGAAGGAACACGCCCUCUCCGCUGCCAAGGCCUCUGAUGUCAUAGAGGACCUGGAGCAGUGUGUGGCCCACCUUCGGCAGCAGCUGCAGGACAGCGAGAGCAGGAGGAUGAAACAGCUCAGGGAACAAGAAAGCAAAUCGUCAGAUCUUCUGCAUGCCGCUGAGAAAAAGGUGCGCUCCCUGCAGAACGAGGUGGAGAACGAGCGGGCGGAUGCCAGGAAGAAGAUGUCCAAGCUGGAGGAGGCCCUGACGGAGAAGGAGGAGCAGCUGUGCAGGCAGCGGGAGUCCCACAGGCUGCAGAUGCAGCAGGCGGAGAGCGCCCUGGAGCAGUUCAAGAAGCAGGCGGAGCUCAGCACCGAGAAGGCCUUCGCCGACGUGAAGCAGCAGAUGGAGAAAGUGGAGGUGGAUCUGACCAGAUCCAAAGGGCUCAGAGAGAAGCAGGCCAAAGAGUUCUCCUGGCAGCUGGAGGAACUGAAGCAGAGAUACGAGCAGCAGAUCGUGGAGCUGAAGAUGCAGCAGGAGCAGGAGAGGACGCAGUUGCUCCAGCAGCACAGCGCCGAGACGGACCGCCUGGUCCGGGACCACCAGCGCGAGAUCCAGUCCCUGGAGAAGCAGUCCCUGGCCGCCAUGGUCCAGCACCAAGCCGAAACCCAGGAGUGGAGGAAGCGCGAUUCCCAGAACAUAGCCCAGCUGGAGGCGCAGGUGCACGGCCUGCGGGAGGACCUGCUCCAGGCGCACGCCCAGCGGAAGCAGCAGCUGAUGGAGCUGGGCGUGCUGAGGGAGGAGGAGCGCCAGCGGGCUGCCCAGGAGCAGGAGGCCAUGCUGGGCCGCCUCCGCGCCGAGAUGGACCGGCUGAAGCAGGACCUGGAGAGGACCCACGCGGCCGACAAGGAGGCGGCCCUGGACAAGAGUAAUGCUAAGGUGAAGCAAGUGGAGAAGGAGUACAGCCAAAAACUCGCCAGGGCCUCUCAGACGAUGGCGGAGCUGCAGGCCAGCCUCAGCGCCCUGCAGGAGGAGAGCCGGCAGCAGCGGCAGGAUGCAGACAGGCAGCUGCAGGACGCCUCGGCCCUCUGGGAGGACCAGAGGAGGCAGCUCCUCCGUGAGGCCGAAGGAGCCAGCCAGGCCCUUCAGGAGAAGGUGGAGAGCCUGCAGAAGCAGCUGCACUCCAUGGAGAAGAAGCUGAGAUCUCAGGAGCUGGAGACCCAGGAGCAGGUAACUCAGAUCCGCCAGGAAUGUGAGGUGAAGAUCAAAGGCCUGAUGCCAGUGGCACUGAGGCAGGAGCUGGAGGACACCAUCGCUUCCCUCAAAUCACAGGUGAACUUCCUGCAGAAGAGAGCGGCUGUACUGCAGGAGGACCUGGACGUCUACCGAAACAGGAGGUAACCAGUGGGAGUGGCCAGCUUCGACACAUCGAUUAUCCGGGACGUGAAGGAAGACCAAUCACAGACAGAUGUGAGAAUCUCAGAGCCUGUCACCUCCCCCUACCACAUCACAACAUGGAGAGCGA